UGUUGUCCUUCCUGUUGGACUGGGGCACUGGUGCCCGACAUUGGUACGCGAAGUGUGAGGUCCUUCCACAAUUGUAGCAUCGAGACGGUCCCAUACGAGCCUCCUGACGCGGCGGUACGUUGCCAGAGAACUGUGUGCCUUCCUCCGCUGUCCCAGAAAAUGGAGUGA